CAGACAUUGAUUUCGUCGCGUGGAUCUGGCAACCAGGGUCUCCGUUCGGGUCCUGUUACUAUAAUGGCGGCUUCAGUGAGUUGUUCGUUGUCUGGUGUUGCUAAGGAAGUGAAAAAGUUUGCCAUGAUGCGAGGACCUGGUUAGAGAUUGUGAACAUGUGAGGAUAAUGGCACUUGGUGUCUAAAAAAAAAGUGGGAGUAGGAUGAAUGAAAAUGAAGAGCUCAUUGUCCCAUUCCAACCUGUUGGAGGUCAGUCAGGAGACUCACUCUGCAAAAAAGAUGCAGCAAACUUCAGUAUAGAAGUGGUAAGUGGCAGACCCAAUAAAGAGCAGCCACUUUUAGGUAAGAAGUCAUCUACUGAAGUGCUCCAGACCCCUCGAGAUGAGCAAAGGCUGCAAGACAAACUUGGUCCCUACAUGCCUCACCCUCCCUCGCUUCCCAAGCCUCCUUGCACGGCCAAAGGAAGUAAGAACAUGUCGUUUGAGGAAAAGAAAAAGGGGAGACGACUGAGGAGCAGUCAGGAGAGCCUCACUGACCCUGCCGAGAUGAGCUCUUCGACGGACUCCCUUAGGGACAUUUCCACUCUUCCUGCGACAAACAGCCAUGUGACUUUAAAUAAUGGCCAGAACCCUGGAGGAAGUCAUUUUGAUCAAGUCGCCUGGCAAUCCCCACCAUUCCGGGAUCGAUGUAGCAGUUUCCCAGAGGACGACAUAUGUCCUCCCGGCCAAGGUCAUCUUUCUGGGCAGCAAGUAAAACCUUCUAAAAUUAUUCUUUCCCCACUGCAGCCCACAGGAGCCUUUCCUCCACUGGAGAACAGCAUCGCCUCUAUGUCCUUAAGGACAUCUAAUCAGAUUGACACAGAUUGCUUGGAUUAUAGGAAUGAGAGACUGCAAGAGAGGUUGCAAAAGAACCUCAGUGACAGCCAGCUUUGGGACACCAUGGUGUCGGACAGCACUUCGGUCAAUUCAAUGAAGUCCUCUUUCAGUGUGCUUAACCCAAUCCGGCCCAAGGACGUGAGGAACAGGAGCUUUUUGGAGGGCAGCGUGCUGGGCAGUGGAGCCUUACUCGGGGCUGAAGAGCUGGACCGGUACUUUCCCAGCAGACAAAUUGGGAUUUACAUUGCCACUUGGAAUAUGCAGGGCGAGAAGGGGCUUCCAAACAACCUCGAUGACCUGUUGCUCCCAACAGACACAGAUUUUGCACAAGACUUCUAUAUCAUUGGGGUUCAAGAAGGAUGCCCUGAUAGGAAGGAGUGGGAGAUCCGUCUGCAGGAAACUCUGGGUCCAUAUUACGUGAUGCUGUACGCAGCUGCACAUGGAGUGCUCUAUCUCAGUGUCUUCAUACGCCGAGACCUCAUCUGGUUCUGUUCCGAGGUGGAGCAUGCUACCGUCACCACGCGGAUCAUCUCACAGAUUAAAACCAAAGGGGCAGUGGGCAUCGCCUUCACUUUCUUUGGGACAUCCUUUCUUUUCAUCACGUCUCAUUUUACUUCGGGAGAUUCUAAAGUUUAUGAAAGGAUUCUGGACUACAAUAAGAUAAUAGAAGCUUUAGCUCUUCCCAGGUGCCUUCCUGACACCAACCCGUACCGUUCUACCGCCUCGGACGUGACCACCAGAUUCGAUGAAGUCUUUUGGUUUGGAGAUUUUAACUUCCGCCUUAGUCAAGACCGGGGAAGAGUGGAAGCAAUUUUAAACCAACUCGCAGGGAAAAACAUGGACGCCCUACUCGAGCACGAUCAGCUGUGCAAAGAAAUGAAAGACGGUUCCAUCUUUAAAGGAUUUCAGGAAGCCCCGAUUCACUUCACGCCUACGUACAAGUUUGACGUUGGGUGUGACAUUUAUGACACAACAUCCAAGCAGAGAACUCCAUCAUACACAGAUCGAAUCCUUUUUAGGAGCAGACAAGUAGAAGACAUCAAGGUGGUUAAAUAUACAUCAUGCUCAUCCAUUAAGACUUCAGAUCACCGGCCUGUCAUUGGCAUGUUCCAGGUCAAACUCCGGCCAGGUAGAGACAACAUUCCUCUGGGAGCGGGCUUGUUUGACCGAGCUGUGUACCUGGAGGGCAUCAGAAGGAGAAUCACGAGAGAACUGAAGAGAAGGGAGGCCAUGAAAAACCAGAGCAACAGCACUGUCUGUUCUAUCUCCUGAUCCAGGGCCAGCAGACUUCAGACUGCAUCUUUCACAUUCUAAGCUACUGACUCAGGAAGCUGGACUUUUGGGACCAAAGGAAAGCUUAGAACUAUGGGAGAUGGAGCGUUUCAUCUCUCCAUCCAGGAACUUGAAAGAGGCUGUGCCUUAUCAUUCAAGGUCUCUGGUUAAAGCUGGACAUGUCCAUGAGAACACUAUACAUUCUGUAGAAAAAAAGGUGAACAUACCGUAUAUGGCUGAAAUGAAGAGAGAGAAUUUAAAGAUGACCAUCUCUUGUGCACUACAUUUUAUCUAGCUUCGUUUUUAUAUUUGUGUCAGCUUAUAUUUAAUAUCAUAUAAAACAUUUCAUACAAUUUACAAGUUUUCAAACUAAUGCAGUGUUCAAUGGCCUUACACAAAUAAAUCAACAGCUCAACUAAUGAACACAUGUUUGGAAUUGAUAUUAAUUAAAUGUUAUUUAUAUAUAUUUCAUAGGUGUAGUUUACAUAACUUUCUUUAUUGGUUUCCACGUGAAAAUUAUCUGUUACAAUGGAAAUGUGACCUCUGCUGAUGUUGAGUUACUUUAGCCAGAAAUUGUAAUCUUGCGAAAAGUCAGACCAAACACAGUCUCAUCUGGAACAUCUGUCCGAUGCCUUAACUUCUUGUACAUUAAAUAAUUCCGCCUUUUACCUGAUGUCAGCCAGCCAACUGUAAAGAACAAAGGACUAAGUUUGAGGACGAAACUAUUUCUCUUGCAUGGGCCACAAAUAAAACCGUAACACUAAAUCAUGCUUUUUGCAUCACAUUCUGCACCAAUGAUGUAAAGUGCCUGAAUCCUGUUCGCGUCCUCCUGUUGCUUUUCUGAAACAUUCUGUUUAAACCUAAAUAACAGCAUGUUUUUAAUGUUUACAGUGUUAUUUAAGUAACAUGAAGGUAUAACUAAAAUCUGA